CCCACAAUUUUGAAUUCACUUAUUUUUUUUUCUGGUAAGUAUGUUGAAUUACAAGUGAUUUAUAAUCCCCAAGUCAACACAAAAGUUCUACAACAUUCUUCUGUAGUAAAAUUGGGUUCAUCUGUGUGUGAACUUACGUACACACACGCACACACACACACAAACACACACGUACCAAACAUGAAUUUCAGAGGGUCACAUCUUCAUGAGUGAUCUGUUAACCUCAAAACUCUCCUUGAUGCCUUAGGUGAAACCUCAUGGACAACAUCACGUUGCUGGUCAACCACACUGGAGGGUCUGAUUUUAUCCUGUUGGGACUCUUCAGUCAAUCCAAACACCCAACUCUGCUCUGUACGGUUAUUUUUGUGAUUUUCAUGAUGGCCUUGACUGGAAAUGCCAUCCUGAUCCUCCUGAUACACUCUAAUGCCCACCUCCACACUCCCAUGUACUUUUUCAUCAGCCAGUUGUCUGCCAUGGAUGUGAUGUACAUUUCUGCCACUGUGCCCAAGAUGCUCAUGGACCAGGUCAUGGGUGUCAAAAAGAUCUCAGUUCCUGAAUGUGGGAUACAGAUGUUCCUCUACUUGACUCUAGGAGGAUCAGAAUUUUUCCUUCUGGCUGCCAUGUCCUAUGACCGGUACAUGGCCAUCUGCCAUCCACUCCAUUACCCUGUCCUUAUGAACCAUAAGAUAUGCUUCCUUCUGGCAUCUGGCUGCUGGUUCUUAGGUUCAGUGGAUGGCUUCAUGCUCACUCCCAUCACCAUGACCUUCCCCUUCUGCAGAUCUAGGGAGAUCCAUCACUUCUUCUGUGAGGUUCCUGCUGUAAUGAAACUCUCCUGCUCUGAUACCACACUCAUUGAGACACUCAUGUACCUGUGCUGUGUCCUCAUGCUCCUCAUUCUUGUGAUAGUCAUUUCAAGCUCCUACACUUUCAUCCUGCUCACUAUCCAUAGGAUGAACUCGGCAGAGGGCCGGAAGAAGGCCUUCACCACCUGCUCCUCCCACAUGACUGUAGUCAUCCUCUUCUAUGGGGCUGCCAUCUACACCUACAUGAUCCCCAGCUCCUACCACACCCCAGAGAAGGACAUGGUAGUGUCUUUCUUUUACACUAUCCUCACUCCUGUGCUAAACCCUUUAAUCUAUAGUCUUAGAAAUAAAGAUGUCACAGGGGCUAUGAAGAAAAUGUUGAAUGUUGAACCUGUUAAGAAAGCAUGAAGUAGGAAAUUUUGGUAGUAACUGUUUCUUUUCCUUCUCUCUACAUAUCAGAAUUUUCACAUCUUAUGCCUACAUUAUU